GCUUGUCCCUGUUGUGCUUUUGGCUUCGCUUGUUGCCGAUCUACGCCAGAAUUGUGAAGAGCUUCUCCAGAACGUCAGUAAAAACCCGGACGCAAAAGAUUCGGGGAUGCAAUCGAAUGAGUUCUCUCCAGAGUAUGCGCGCUUGCUUUGGAGAAGUAUGCGCUGCCAAUAUCAAUCUCUGUUCGAUAUCUUUUCUGCAACGCGGAACCUUUUGCAAUGGCAUCUUGUCUAUUUGUCGUUCUCUAGCUGUCUAUCCUCUGCGCUUCAAUUAUCAGACUACAUUAUCUUCUAUAACUCAACAACGCCUCGGAGUCGUUUUCAAUUGGCACAAAUACUAUGUCACGCCGUGCGCUUUGUCAUGCUUUGCCUCGCAUGUCAAAAGUUUCAAUCAGAGAGCAACGAAAUGCGCCAGUCCAUGCUCGCAUACACAUCACAGCUCAGAGAAUUUAACCGAGGCAAUGAGGUCCACAUGUUUGCUGUUCAAAUCAAAUGUCAGCAGAAUGGAAUGUGUACGGUGCUAUGGUCGUUUGACAUUAACUCAGGAACCGCUUUGCAGAUGUUGUCCGCCAUAGUUUCCUAUACUAUCGUCAUGCGCCAGAGUGACAUCCACUUUUAUGAAACAUGAGGAUUAGUUACAAACUUUUAAAAUUGGUAUCUAGAUCUGGAUACCUUUUAUUGAUUAAAUACAUUGCAACAAAACGGCAUUCUCGAGAUGCCGUUUUGUUGCAAUGAAUUUAAUCAAUAAAAGAAAUUUGGGUACUCGUGCGUUGCUAGAUGUCCUGGAGCACCCGUUGGGGUCCCAAAAAGGUGAAUCGUGGCUCCACGGUAAAAACAAUAUCUCAAUUUUUGAGGGGAAAGGGAAAAUUUUGAGG